AUGGAAUCCCAGUUUUCAUCGUUCCAGUCGAUUGACAUCAACAGUGAAUUGAAACGGUGGAUGGCCCAACUGGAAGUUGUUGAAACCGGUGUAAAUAACCUCUUCGGUCAAGUUCAAAUUCUUCGCAAUGGGCGCUACAUAAGAACGGAGCAGGUGUACCGAAAAGUGUGUACAUUACAUCAACGCCUCCUCGAAUUGCAACGACGCUGCCGAAACUUCCUCAAGGUCACUUCACUGAGCCAAUCAGAAGACCGGAUUCAGACUCUGCGAGCCAACGGUGGUAGUUGGACGGCCGCUCCCGGCGGUCGCAGCAGUAGUAGCUUGAGGUGGCUGGUGAAACAAAGCAAACACUUCGGCGUCUUACAAGCAGCUCUAGAUUGGAUACAAGAGAGAAAUGAGACCAUUGCAAACGCACCUUUUGGUGAUAAUCGCAAGUGUAAGCACAAGGCUCUGGCGGUUCCUAAACUUAAGCAGCUUCUUAGGCAAAACACAUUAAAGAAGUUUCAUCGUCGAUAG